AUGCUAUUCUUCUCCUUCCUCAAAACCUUAGUUGAUCAAGAGGUUACAGUAGAACUCAAAAAUGACAUUGAAUUGAAAGGCACUCUGAAGUCUGUUGAUCAGUUCCUAAACCUCAAACUGGAUAACAUAUCUUGUAAUAACAAUGCAAAGUAUCCCCAUCUCUCCAGUGUACGCAACAUAUUCAUUAGAGGUUCUACCGUGCGGUAUGUGUACUUGAACAAAAGCAUAGUGGACACAAAUCUAUUGCAGGAUGCAGCGAGAAGAGAAGCCGUGAGUGAAAAGAAAUAG